AUGGAAAGCCACGAUGCAGCUCGUGGGGCUGUAUCGCUCAGAAGUACUGGCGCCUCCGAGGAAGAACUCGCAGCUGCCUCGCAGGAGCCUUUGGUGUCCGUGCGAGAAGAAAUUAAGCGGCAUGCGUGGAAACAGAGACACUGGAGAACGAUCCCCAUGAAACAAGCGGAAAACGGGAGGUGCUAUGUCUCUGGCGGUUCGUCCGACCCAGACGAGAAAGUUGUUGUGAAACGAGGGAAAGUCAUUCAGCUGUUCAGCCUUACCAGAGCAUCACCUCCGUACUCAGGAACGGAAGCGGGAGACAAAAGAACGUACCGGCCUGCCAGCGCCGCGGACGAUGACACACGGUUCCCCUCUCCACCGACGACGCCUAGUUUGAGCGGGGGCGAAAAACCCUGGUGGAAGCUCUCAAAGGAAUUUCCAGUCAAUGUUUUCGUUCCACCGCACAAUCGGAAGCAGAAAUGCCAGCCCGGCACUGUGCGCGCCCUGGCCGGCACGGCGUGCCUUCCGUGCAUGCCGGGAUUCAGAUGCCCGAAUGAGAAGAACUACGAAACAUGUGCAUUUCCCAUGUGGUCCCCUGAGGGAUCGCCGACGUGCUUCCUCCCUGGUCCUCACACCAACUCCAUGGGUGUCGGCUCUGCGCCUAUUCUGUGUGGAGAAGGUACUGUGUCUACCGAGUCGUCGGCCAAGUGCAUGCUGUGUCCAGUAAAUCACCAGUGCGUUGUCAACAGAGUCGGAAUUGAAACCCCGUGUCCGAAAAACACAUUUUCGGACCCUGGGGAAGCCCACUGUCGGUACUGUCCAAAAAACCACGACUGCACGAAAGGCGUCAUCCAGCCCUGUCCGUUUGGGCAAGUCUCCGACUCCGCUGGCACAGGGUGCGUCGAUGUCGCUGACGGAGCGUUUCUCGAUCCUGAUUCGAAAAGAAAGAUCACUCUGCCAGCGACAUAUGCGAAUGACGGAACGGGAAAGAGCUUCACGUGGCUGUACGUGACCAAGGCGUUCAAGGGCUGGGUCCCAGGUAUCGGUGGAGCCUCUUCCCGCGGAAAGGUUCCGUGCCCUCCCAUGGCGCUCUGCACCGCCGGAUGGUAUAAACUCGGAGCCCUAAAGAAUCAAUGGAGCAGCUCUACGGAUGUCCUCGAGCGCGGGGCUGCCGCACCGACGGGUUGGUCGAGUGUCUUUGAUCAGCCGUCUACCGGGAACACGAAGCAAAUGUUUGGGUACUAUGGCUGGGCGAGGAACUCUCUUAGCUGGAGGGAUGAUGACUUUGCCUCCCCGGACAAUCCCUGCCCUACGGGCUACUAUUCAGACAGCAGCAUGACAAUCAAGAAGGAGUGUGUUCUGGCAACAAAAGGUUACUGCCCGAGGGGCUCUCUCAGCGACUGCGAAAAACACGAAUUCCCCGCCCUGCUCGCCAAUGAAAGAGACCGCGUGCAUGACGACAUUUACGCUGUCCGUACGGGAUACCAUGCCCUUCGGUCCGUCAAAGGAAAGGAGGAUCUUGUCCAGUGCAACAAAGGACACAUCAUCUACGGACGAACAUGCUAUACAGGGACACUGUUCGGCAAACCAGGGCGGCCAGGAAUGAUGUUCAAGUGGAAAACGUUCUUUGCAAGCUCCACAGCGACCCGGGCUGACCUGCUCGGAGUUUGUCCGGAGGGACACUACUGCCCCGUUCCAUCUGUCGUCACAAAGGUGUCUUGCCCGGCAGGCGCAGUUUGCCCCCAGGGCACCAAGUGGAAGCAUCAGUACCUCUGCCUCCCCGGUACAUACGCACCUAAUGCAGUGACAACAGAAAAAGACUGUCAGCAGUGCCCACCAGCAGUGCAGCCAAAACGGCGGCCAACUGUCUUCCUUGCCCUCUGGGAUUCGCAUGCGAUGGCCCCGGUGCCUGGUCAAAGCGUCGAUGUGCCCGCGGCACCUAUUCUGUCUUCAGCUUCCAGCAACCCGAUUACAACAGCCCCAGGAGGUUUCUGGCUCGACGCCACCACUGGUUUCCUGACUCCAUGCGAGCCUGGCAGCUACACUCUAUCCGACGGGGCGACGUCGGCGGCGCAGUGCGUCGCCGCUCCCGCAGGCACUUAUGUCUCUUAUGUCGGCGCCCCAGAGAUCGAGGGGAAAUGCUCGAGGGGGUAUUACUGUCCUGAACGGUCGACCUCAAGAGAGCAAAUGAGGUGUCCCUCCGGAACCUACUCCGCUUCGCCCGGAGCAGGCCGCAGCGAUGAAUGCGUUGCUUGCCCCGCGGGGAGUCUCUGUAUCCAGCUGGCCCACACCGACAUUCGAGCGGACUGCCCUCCAGGAUUCUUCUGUCCUGAGGGAUCGACGUUUCUUGGGGUUCCCUGUCCUGCCGGCACAUAUCGAGCCGAAAGCAGAGGCACAGAGCUCGCAGAUUGCUCGCCAUGUCCACGUGGAAAGUAUUGCCCGGAACCGGGGCUCGCCGCGCCUGCUGCCCCCUGCAGCGCUGGCUACAUCUGUCUCGGCGGCGCCAAAGUUCCGGCUCCCACCGACAACAAGACGGGCCAAGCCUGCCCGGCCGGGGGGUUCUGCCCCGAGGGAGCGACUGCGAAUUCGCCCUGUCCGGCCGGCACCUACAACCCGCUGCCAGGGGGACGAGACGCCUCUUCUUGCAUGCCCUGUCCUCAGGGCCAGUACUGUCUGGGGACGACCAGCACGACUCCAGACGGAGACUGUGAAGACGGCUACAUUUGUGAAAAGGGGUCCGCCUCUCCAACAGAGGCUCCUGCCUCCCCUGGACACUACGCCGUCUUCCCUGGAGUCAUCGAGAAAGAAUGCAGACGAGGCACCUUCACGGAGAAAUACGCUCAAUCGAAAUGCACACCAUGCUUGCCCGGGCACUUCUGUGAUACCGAGGGCAUGGCCCGAGUGAAGCCUUGCCCGGCAGGGACAGUCUGUCCCCAGGGAUCGAUUGUCACUCUCGAGUGCCCCGUCGGGACGUACAGCCCGCUGCCACUCCGAGGCUCCAUGGACGACUGCAUCCCGUGCACGCCAGGAUCCUACUGUUCCAAACGGCGCGCGACGCACCCGAGAGGGCCUUGUUCUCCUGGCUUCUUCUGUUCAGGGGGCGCAACGACGGACAGGCCGUUGGCGGGCAGCGGCCAAGGCGGUCCCUGUCCUGUCGGUCACUAUUGCCCAGGGAAAACCCAAGUGCCCACGCCCUGUCCUCCUGGCACCUACGGGGCAAUGGAGGGACAGAGAGGGACGUACCAGCCGGACCACGGCCAGGAAGACUGCCUCGCCUGCCCUCCCGGCUACAACUGCCGAUCCGGAAAGACGCAGUACCUCGACAGCGCCUGUCCAGCUGGAACUGUCUGUCCGGACAGCAACACGACGGAACCGGAGCAGUGCCCUGACGGGACAUACAGCGUUCAUACAGCGCGGAUCUACACGGAGGCUUGCAUCGCCUGCCCGCCAGGCUUCAUGUGCCAGCAGAACAAUGUCCAGCCUGCCACUGACGGGUCGGCGGACUGUCCCGCAGGCUACGCAUGCUCCGGCGGCGUCAAAGUCGCCGGAUCUGGGAUAGAAAGCGAGGGAGUGGUGAGGUGUCCGAAAGGCUUCUAUUGCCCAAAAGGGACCGGCGAACCUCUGCCUUGCCCCGCGGGCCGAGUGUGUGCAACGGCUCAGCUGGGCAUCGACGGGGUCCUGUGUCCCGGCGGCCGGUACUGUCCGAUGCAGUCUGCGGAAGGGGAGCCUUGCCCCGCAGGGUACUAUUGCCCGCAGGGCGCGGCAGCCCCGCUGCGGUGUCCCCUAGGCACCAUCAGUACCUACACGGAGAAUGCAGCUGAGGCGCAGUGCACAAAAUGUCCAGCUGGAAAAUACUGCGACGGGACGACGAACGCGAAUCAGGACAAAAUCGAUAGCACCGCCUUCAGCGGAGAAUGCAGAAAAGGGUACUAUUGCCCAGAAGGACUGUAUACGCCCAUAGGCACGCCGUGCCCUAUCGGAUUCUACUGUCCUAUCGGCAGCGCCUCCCCACUGACGUGCCCCGUAGGAUCCACAACCGCUGCAGCCGGACUGGCGGAGUGCACGGGGUGCGACGCCGGGUUCAUCUGUGCCGACGGGCAAGUGGCGCCGUGUCCUGUCGGCCAGUACUGCAAUGCAGAUAGCCUGCCGCAGGACUGCCCCACGGGAUCGUACAAUCCGAUCGCCGGCGGGAUUAGCUCCGACGCCUGCCGACCAUGUCCUCCAGGCAAGGCGUGUCGUCGGAGCGCAACAUCGGCGCCCGAGACAUGCCGCGGAGGCUACUUUUGUCUCUCUAGGGUGACGGUGUUGAACCCCGCAACUUUGUCGGAGGCGCAGAGCACCGCCGUAGCCGAGGGCGCGGCGGGCGCAGCUACGGAAGGCGGAGGCCGCUGCCCCAAAGGCUAUUACUGUCCGGCCGGGGCGCGUGUGCCGCUGCCGUGUUCCCCUGGGUAUCACUGUGGGACCCUCGGCCUCGCGGAGCCACGCGCGCCAUGCAGUGCGGGGUACUACUGCAGAAGAAAAGCCAAUUCAGCGAGUCCAGCUUCCCCCAGAGACGCGACGAGUUGCCCUAUUCAAGACCCCUAUGGGGCAUGCACGCCCGCUUGGAGGCGACUCGCGCCUCUCAACCCCCCUGAGGAAAAGUGCCAUCCGCAUGCAUUCAUGACCAGGGAGAAGGGAAACGGACGAAUUACGUCCAUGACUCCGGAUGGAAUCUUCUGUCCUGAAGGGCACUUUUGUGCCGAGGGAACAACGUCGCCAGAGCCUUGCGCAGCGGGGACGUACCAGGUGACCCAGGGACACUCGCGCUGCAGCGCCUGUCCAGCUGGGUUUGUUUGCGGGCCCGAACCAGGCACCGUAAACCCUCAGGUGUGCCCCGCCGGGCACUUUUGCCUGUCUUCAGCAGCAAAACCGACCAAGUGCCCUGCAGGCAAAUACGCGCUCAUAGGCGGGCUAGAAGCGGACGCAGACUGCUCGUGGUGCCCGCCUGGGAAAAUCUGCAACGAAGAAGGCGCGGCAACCGAGCCCAGAGCGUGCCCGGCCGGAAGCUACUGUCCAGCCCCAUCAUACGUCGUCUCAGCUGUGGAAGGCAACGGGAGCUCGCCAAAGGUCACUUGCGGUUCCACCUCUGGCGGGGCCGCUACAUGCGCCAUUGACCCGAUUGAGUGCCCCGUUGGAAACGUUUGCCCCGAAGGCAGUGCGACUCCGCAGCGGUGCCCGCUCGGCCAGACAGUAGCAGUGACCGGGGCGGCGACCAAUACCGGAUGCAAAGCGUGUCCUGCGGGGCAAUACUGUUCUCCUUCUGGAACUGUGGAAAACUGUGCGGAGGGAUUUCUCUGCAUUUCCGGAGCGUACCGACCUAACCCGAUGGCGGCCGCAGUGGGUCGGCUGUGCCAACCAGGCUACUUCUGUCCUUCGGGGACGACGGUCGAAGUUGCCUGUAUGCGGGGGACGCUCAGCGUCGGACACGGAAGUGGAAACGCGUGCGACGAAUGCCCUGCGGGGAAUGUGUGCGACGCAGAAGGCAUCAAAGCGCUCAGCGGCGCUCGCGCGUGCCCAGCGGGCUCGUACUGCCCCACUGGAAGUGUCAUGGCGAUUCCCUGCCCAGCUGGGACGUACAGCGGCUUCACAUAUCUCGCUGCAGCGCAGGAAUGCCUGGCCUGUCCUGCAGGAAAAUACUGCGAAACGACGGGGGCGACCGCUGUGAGUGGCCCUUGCGACGAAGGCACGUGGUGUAAGCAGAAAUCCACAAACAAGGAUCACUCCGUCGGAUACGCGCCAUCCAACCUCGUCGCUUGCCCUCCAGGGGCGUACUGCCCUCAAGCGACACCUAUGCCCGUCCUCUGCCAGCUGGGGACCUACCAGGACGAGGAGGCGACCACCACAGCAUGCAAGCAGUGCCUCGCAGGCACCUACUGCGGAGCCGCAGGCCUUACGAUGGAGGCGGGAAGCGGCCCCUGCAAAGAAGGCUUCUUCUGCAACGCAGGCGCCAAGGUCCCCGCUCCAAGGGACGCAUUGACGGGAGAUAUCUGUCAAAAUGGGUAUUACUGCCCGUCGGGCUCAAAGGCGCCUCAGCCGUGCCCAGCCGGUUACUACAGCGACGAGGAAGGCCUGGCGACAUGCAAGGCUUGCCCUGCAGGCUAUCUGUGUUCUGGAGGAGCCGGCGGGGAAAUCGAGGACUGCCCCGCCGGAUCCUUCUGCGAGGCGGCUGUCUCGGCGGCAGCUUCGUGUCCCGAUGGAACCAGCAGUGAGGUGAAGAAUCUCUCUGAGCAGGAACAGUGCAGCGAAUGUCCGGCGGGAAAAGUUUGCGGGGCUAGCCAGCAGCAAACCGACUGUCCCGCAGGCUACCUCUGUCUCGCGGGAAUCGGACCCGAACAGGUCAAAGCCCUUGACGCCGAUAUCGAUGAACUGUGGACGGACUCGACCUUCUGGAGGGGCCACGCCAUUCACUACGGGUGCGAGGAUAAGCCACAGUGGGAGAUUCAAAAGUCUGAGUGA